AUGGCUCCCCACGCCCCCGCCUACACAGCCCUCGGCUUCCAGUUUGAACAACAACAACAGCAACAACAACAACAAGACUUGCGUGCGCCAGCACCUCCGAGUACUGCCCUUAAGCCGUCUGCCUUGCAGCCCUUUCUGGCACAGAACAACUCUCGACGACACAGUUUUAGUCUGCAGUUGCACCGUCAUCUUCAGCAGCAGUUCUCUGGCUCUACUGCAGACCCCAGAGUGACCAAGCUACCCCGGUCUCCUUCCCACUGGUCUCACUCCUCGCACCACGCUCCGUACAACCGCCUUUCCACCCCAUCCUUCCAUUCAGACAAACAAAAACACCGCUAUCUGGCCUACCGCCGCAACAUGUCGACUCCGAACUUCCAAGACAACGACUACGACCUCUUCGGUCUCCCCUCUGCUGGUCACCACGCUGGUAUGGGUUCGCCUUUCGACCUCACCCAGCUGCCGCUGGGCCACGAGGCCGACGGCGCUUUCUCCCCCGCCCUGCCCUCUGGCACCGUUUCGCCCAAGGACCUGAUGUUUGAGAACUCGGUCCCACCCUCGGGCGCUUUCACUGACCUGAGCACUCCUCCCUUCGACUCGCCUGGCACUUUCAGCCAGAACCCGUCCCCUCUUUUCACGGAUGCGGACGUGGGCACCGAGUGGCCCUCGCUCUUCAACGAUGGCUCUGCCAUGAACUCCUUCGACGCCGCUUUCGGCUUCACUGGUCUCGCCGAGACCAAGGAGGAAGAGUUCCAGAAGCCUGCUCUGCCGAUGUCGCCUGCUCCCAAGCGAGUCGCCGCCAAGGCUUCGCCUGUCUCCGCCACCGGUGGUACCAAGCACUCCACCGUCUCGGGUAUUUCUCGUUCCCGCAAGGAGCUCUCUCCCGUCGAGUUCGACAACAGCGAUCCCAUCGCUGCCAAGCGCGCUCGCAACACCGAGGCUGCGCGUAAAUCGCGUGCUCGCAAGCUCGAGCGCCAGGCUGCCGCUGAUUCCGCGAUUAAUGCACUCAAGGAGCAGCUGGCCGCCAAGGACCAACUCAUUGAGAAGCUCAAGGCUCAGCUGAAGGCUCAGCAGACCUACCAGUGA